ACCACCCGAUAUCUCUCAUCCGGCAAAUGAUGCUUCGGACCUUCUAUUUGCCUUUCUUAGUCGUGGGUCCUCAUCAAUUUGUCUGGUGCGAUCAGUCACCAGUGCAACUUUCCGUUGGAAGUCCCGGAAAGUCAUGAUCAUCUGCCCCCGAAGGCUUGGCGACGUGAUGUCUUGCCAUUCGAUUUGAUUUAUUGCUCAGGUAACCUCCUCUGAUGGAGGAUAGAUGUGGGAGACAACUCUGAUGGUCCUCUUUUCUUUGCAAGAUCUUUCACUAAAAGAGACACGUCUCUUUGCUCCUUUCGUAGAAGUCUACGAUCAUUCUGGCUUCUGACAACCAUGGAUGAGAAAGCAGCCUCUGGGGCCGACGGUCCCCCUGAUCCGACACAUCCGCGCACCAGUGCCAUCGACACUGAACAUCACUAUCCUCACCGAAGCGACCCUACAGCGUUUGGUCGCCAUAGCUUACAGAUUACCCAGCAGCAAAAGCCUACUUCGACGUCGCAUACUGACGGGCAACGACGAUACGGGGUCACUCCCAGCACAAGAGAUGAAGACAUCAAUGAUGAAAAGAGAUCGCGUACGAAGAAUCUACCAGACAUCAACACACCCCGCCGCCCAGCAUCAGCACCACACAACCAACCCUCAUCCCCAAACUCCCCAAAGAACCGCACCGCCCGACUAAGCCAUGACUUCAACCGCCGCUACGACGGCCCCUUCAGCCGUCCAAGUCCCGUCAUGACCCGGCGAAGCACCCACUCGCCCACCCGACCAUCUCCGGACCCAACCACACCCCACCCCGGCGAACCCCCCGAACCCCCGAACCCCCCGACAGCAAUCGCUCUCUUCUGGACCUUCAUCCUCAUCGACUCCAUCGCCAUGCCGAUAGCACUCUACUUCGGCCUCUGGUACGGCGUCGGCCCAGGCACAAACAUCCCCACCGAAAAACGGGAGAAACUUUCCCCCAACACAGUCUUCACCAUCGUCACCGCCUCCGUGGGUGGCGCCAGCAUCGUCGAGUACUUUGUCCGCUUCUGGCGGCUUUGGCGUAAGGGGAGCACGUGUCGUGUCAUUGGGGCGCAUAGGUGGUACCUAGACUGGUUUCACUGGAACUUUUCGUUGGCGUGGAUUAUUAUCAUGAUUGAGCUCAUCGUAUGCACAAUCCCAAAAAACCCCCCAAUCCACCUCCUCUCCCUCCCAGCCCCAACAAUGCUCCUCACCUUCGGCACCCAACUCCUCCUCAUCGACGUCCUCCGCGCCCUCCACAUCCCCUCGCCCAUCCGCAUCUCCUCCAUCCCCCGACACGCACAGCUCCGACCGGGGAUCUACUCCCUCAUAGAAGACAUCUGCGCCGUCGACGGCUCAGGCGGGACCGAAUUCCGCGUGGCGCUUGAUAGGCGGUAUGAAGCGAGCCACGUCUUUCGCGCAAUGUUGAGGAGGGUGGGUGUUUUUUGGGCUGUUGGUGCCGAGGGGUGUGCAGUGGUUUGUGUGGUGUUGGUGUUUAUGUUGGACGGGGAGGUUGGGUAUGUUGUUGGGUGGAGUUUGCCGUUUGUGUGGGCUGGGGUUUGGACGGGUGCGACGUUUUGGUAUGUCAAGAGGGAGUUGAAGAGGGAGGCGAAGGCUUGGAGGGAGGAGGUUGCGAGGAAGGGGGUUGCGGGGUCGACGUCGUCGGUCUAAUCGACACAGCUCUGUCACAGACAGAACAUGUCAUAAUGGAACACAAAUCACGAACCUGAAAUGUACGAAACAUUGAUGCUUGGAGAUUUUAUCUUGAUUUUUACUUUCAU